AAUAUUCUAUAAUUUAUUCACUUCCUGAUACUUUAUUAUUUACGUUGUUUCCAGUUGUGUUUUUUUUUUUUUUUUUGAGAUGGAAUCUCACUGUGUCGCUAGGCUGGAAUGCAGUGGCGUGAUCUCGGCUCACUGCAGCCUCGGUCUCCUGGGUUAAAGCGAUUCUCCUGCCUCAGCCUCCCAAGUAGCUGGGAUUGCAGGCACACACCACCACACCCAGCUGAUUUUUGUAUUUUUAGUAGAGACGGGGUUUCACUAUGUAGGCCAGGAUGGUCUCGAUCUCUUGACCUCGUGAUCCACCUGACUUGGCCUCCCAACGUGCUGGAAUUAUAGGCAUGAGCCACCAUGCCCGGCCAGUUUAAUGGAGAAUGAGCACGUCUGUAAUAGUAAUAACAUUUCUAAAAUUCCUUUGAGUAUUUCUGUAAGUUUGCAACAAUUUUUUUGAGAUACAAUUUUUUGUAACUUUAUUGUGAUAUUGUAAGUAUAAUGCACUACUCAUAUUUAAAGUGCACAGUUUGUGCCAGGCGUGGUGGCUCACACCUAUGAUCCCAGCACUUUAGGGUGCCAAGGGGAACACAUCACUUGAGGUCGGGAGUUCGAGACCAGCCUGGCCAAUAUGGUGAAACCCCAUCUUUACUCAAAAUACAAAAAUUAGCUGGAUGUGGUGGCACAUGCCUGUAAUCCUAGCCACUCAGGAGUCUGAGGCAAUAGAGUCAGUUGAACCCAGUAGAUGUAGGCUGCAUUGAGCCAAGAUCACACCACUGUAUUUCAACCUGGGUAACAGAGCAAGACUCCAUUUCCAAAAAAAAAAAAAAAAAAAUUAAAAGUGCAUAGUUUGAUCAAUUUUGACAUAUGUUUAAUAAAACUUUGAAACCAUCACCGUAGUCAAGAUUAUGAUUUCUUCCAUCACCCUAACGUUUUGUCGUCUCCCUUUGUAAUUCAUCCUUUCUAAAUCCUCAUCCUCAAGCAACCAUUUAUCUGCUUUUUGUCACUGUGGAUUAGUUUUGUUUUCUAGAAUUUUAUGUAAAUGACAUCAUAUAGCGUGGAUUUUUUUGGGGGGGGGUUGGACUUCUUUCAUUCAUUAUAAUGAUUUUGAGACCUUUUCCUGUUGUGUCUAUCAAAAGUAUUUUUCCCCUCUUAUAUUGGUGAGUAGUGUUUCAUUGUAUGAAUGUACCACAAUUUGUUUCUCUGUUGGCCUGCUUAUGAAUAUUUGGAUUGUUCCAGUUUUGGGGAAUUGCUAAUAAAGCUAUGAACAUUUCUUUGUUGAUACAUAUACUUCCAUUUUCCUUGGUUAAUACUCAGAAGUGGGUGACUGGUCAUAUGGUAAAUGUAUGCUUAACUUUAUAAGAAACUACCAAAAUUGUUAUUUAGUGUGGCUAUUGCAUUCUACAUAAUUUGUGUUAUUUGAGAAUGACAGUUUCCACAUGCUCACCAACAUAUGGUGUUUUUACAUUUUAUUAUUAUUUUUAAAAAUUCGAAUAGUUAUGUAGUAGCAUCUCAUUUUGAUUUUAAUUUACAUAUCCCUGAUGACUUACAAUGUUGAGCUUCUUUUCAUGUACUUAUUAGUCACUUGUAUAUUCAUAUUCUUCUGUAAAAUAUUCAAAUAUUUUUAGAGUUUGCAACAAAUUUAAGUGUCUUAAGAUAUUCUAAAAAAUUUCAGAGCUUUGAUCUUUGAGGCAUAUAACUUUGCUAUUUAGAUAGCAGAAAGGUGAUCGAGAGCAAUAUUUAGUGAACAGGAUAAGUAAUCAAGCCAAAUAAAAAGAGUCCAGUAUUUAGAUGAGCCAUCUAUCUUUAAUUCUUACUUCGCUAACUGAAUGAUGAGGAGAGUUCAUCUAAAUCUUUGGUGCUUCACCUCUAAAAAUAAGGAUAUUGUAAUACCAGGUUUGCCUAUCUUAGGGGGUGGUUGUUGAAAUUUUUAGAACAUGUGUGUAUAUUCACAGUCUGAUCAGUUAAUAAUAAUUAUAGAUUCUUCCUUUCACAUGUUUCAGAAUUUGUGCUUCUCACUCAGUUUGCCCGUGUAAUUUUUUUAGUGUUCACCUUUUUUUUAUAGAACUGUUUGAGUAUCUCCCAAAUUCCUCCAGCCACCUUUCACUGUAAAAGCAGUAUUUUUUUUACUUUAGAAGAUUUCAAAAAAUUAUAAAACCUGGAAAGUAUUGUUUAAUUUCUUUAUCAGACGGUAUCUACUUAAUCAGUUUGUUUAUUUGAUUUAAUUUGUUUUGUCUUCUCUCUGAACUUGUUUCCCUAUCACUAGCCCUGUUUUCUACAUCCUCUCGUAUCCCCUUGCCCCCAACUAGUCCAUUUAUUUUGCUUCUGUCAAUUCUAAGUGAAGCUCUAACAAUGUCACUUUUUUUAAACUCUUAAAUCUGUUCGUGGCCUAUCACCAGUUAUCAGAAAAAUUCCAGUGAUUUAGCGUAUAAGGACCUUCAUAGUCGAGAUCAGUCCUGUUUAAUAUAAUUUUCUGUUAUGAUGGAAAUGUUUUAUAUCUGUGCCAUCAAAAUUGAUAGCAGCUAGCUAGCCAUAGUAUUGAGCUAUUGAGCACAAUUUACAGGUAAAUAACCACAUAUCCCUAGUUGGACAACACAGAUCUGGACUUUGUUCACUUUUCCAGCUUUAUAUAUUACCUGUUUUCUAUGUAUGUCCUACUUUUUGGCCAUACGGAACAAAUUAGCUGACCCUUGAAGAAACCAUGUGUUUAUGUACAUCUCUUGUAUAAACUGUUCUUUUUACUUAAAAUGUACUUUUAUUCUUUGUCCUCUUAGCAAAAGCCUCAGGACUUAAUUUCACGUCAUGUCAUGGAGGACUCUGAUUUUUUUUCCUGGGAAGGGUUAGGUACAUAUCUGCACUCCCGUAAAAUCUUACGUGCCUGUAAGCACUCAUUAUGAUGAGUAUAAUUAUAAUUAUACUGUAUUGCAGUGUCAUUGUUUAUUUAAAUAUCUCUCCCAUCAGAAUGGAUGUUCCUAGAAAAUGUCAACCAUUGUAAUUGUAACCUUAGAGUAUACUGCCUGCCAAAGAGAAUGAAAGUGUCUGUUCUGUCAGCUUGCUUAGCUUCCUGUGUAACAUGGGGCACGUUGUAUGACCUUUGCAUGUCUGUGUUGAUAGAUAAUGUAUAGUUUUAAAAAAGGAUUAAGUGAGAGAAUAUAUUAAAAGGGCUCUGCCUAGUGUCUGGUGCUCUGAAAAAUAUUCAGUAAUGAUAGUAGCAUCCUAUUGCUGUUGUUACAGUUAAAAAAAAUUUUUGUUUCUAUUGCUUACAAAACACUCUUAUUUAUUCCGUACCUGGAUGUAAAAAGUGCUUACCAAAAUGUGUAAAUAUAUUAAAAUAAAAGUAAACAAGUAAGCUAAAGAAUCAGAGCAAAGGGAGAAUAAAGGUAAGAAAAGUUAAAUAAUUUAGCUUGAAGUUAGAACAAACAACAGACAACUAAAAUUUACCCUAAGAAUCACUCACUUUGAACAAGGUAAUUUCUUUGUCCAGUUUUUAAAGAUUAAAGUAAUUACAAAAUGUGUAUGAAAUUCAUUGAUGAGUCGCUUUAUUGUAUAGAAUGAGUAUCAAGAAGCCAAUCAAAUGAGAUGGAGAAUGUCUGCCAAGAAAUGAUGAUCUGAUUUUGGAAUUAAUCACUUGUAGACCUGUCUGGUAGUAGUUAGCAAAGCCAUUUGUUUAGCCCAAAACAAUCUCCAGGACUUGGGAAGAAAUACUAUUACUUAUCCUUUAAGUUUCUUGGGAUUUUGUAUUUAUUUCAUAAUGAAUACAAAAUAUUUUGCUAGUAACACAUGUAUUAAUUUUUAAAUACCUUAUACAUGUUAAAAAUGUAACUCAUUCCCCCCCCAAUUCUAUGUGUGAUUUUUAAAGGUUUUGAGGCCAGAUUCAGUGGCUCAUGCCUAAUUCCUAGGACUUUGAGAGGCCGAGGUGAAAGAAUCACCUGAAGCCAGGAGUUUGAAACAAAGCUGUGCAGUAAAGCAAGACGCUGUCCCUACAAAAAAAAAGAAGAUACAAAGGUUAAAAAUGUUGAGAUUAUAUGGUAUAUAAAUCCUUUUCUUCUUUAGCCCCAGUUUACUUUUUCAGCUUUCUGGUCCCAUUAUGUUUGGAGGUCCCUACCUUUGGUCCUGUUCUUUCUCUUGAAGGCUCUUUCUGGUUUCUUUACCUAAUUCUAUACUUUGAUGAGUCAGUUUGAAUCUUGCCACUUGCUCCUUUUAUACAGAAUGGGCCUCUAUGAUGUUCUCCUGACAAAGUCAUGUUCAGCCCCCGAGAGUUCAUUCAUCCGUGACCUCUUUAGAGGAGCCUUUCCUGACGUUUCCUGUACAUAGAGUGCACGUCUCUUCAUUGGUCCCAUAGGAUAGUACAUGUUCUUGCGUGAAAGGUGCCCAUAUUAUUCUGCACUGUUCUAAAGAUAAAAAAUGGAAUUAACAGCUUAGUUAAGAAUGCUUUAAAUGCCUGUAUUUUUGAUAAAAUGUUUCAUUUUAAAUAGCAUAUAGCAGUAAACAUUUUCAAAUGUAGUCAGUUGAAUUUUUAAUAUUGGUACAUAUGUAGAAUUAAAUGGUAAAAUUAAACCAAGACCAAUAAACAUGAAACAGCUUGGUUUCACCAAGGUCAAGCCCCAGUUGUGCCCUUAUUUAACUUGAGUCUCUAGAAUAUCAGAUCUCAUUUGUGCUCAUUUUCAUAGAAAUAUAAUUGAGCCAGAUUCUGGGCAUUCUUCAAAGGUUUAAAAAUUUUUGUUGGUAUUUGUGUACUUUAAUAAAUUAUAGUCCUCUUUGAUUUCACCUUCCUGUUGUUGCUGUAUAUUUGUUGCGGCUGUUUUUGAGACAGGGUCUCUGUUACUCAAGCUGUGAAGUGCAGUUGUGCACAAAUUGUGGAGUGCAGUUGUGGGAACAUAGUUCACUAUAAGUUCAAACUCCUGGGCUCAAAUGACUGCCUUAGCCUCCUGAGUAGCUAGGACUACAGACAUGUGCCGCCACACCUAAUUAUUUUCAUUUUUCGUAGAGACAGGGUGUUGCUACGUUUCCCAGGCUAGUCUCAAACUCCUGGGCUCAAGCAAUCUAAUCACUGCGGCCUCACAAAGCACUGGGAUCAUAGACAUAAGCUUCUGCUCCCAGCCAGCUGCUGUAUUUUUAAAUAACAAACAGUGUGCCUGUAUGAGUGUUUGUUAUAUGUUUGUUGUCUUAUUAACUGGAUCUCAAGUUCCUCAGUAGCGUACAUCAUAAUUUUUUAAUUUCUUGUUCUCUAUGUUGCUUAGGAUGCUUUUUAUAUUCUCAGGAAUAGAAUCAGCUGCUGGUCUUCCUCUCUUUCUUCAUCAUAACAUCUGCACAGACAUGGAGCCAGUCAGCCCUUCCUAAAAGAAUACCUGGAAAGGAUUUCCAUAGCAGCAUUAUGGAUUUGGGUUUUUAAUUUGGAGGGUUUCCCUUUCCUGAGACCUCUUUAUUUAUUUUCUUUCCAUCAAUUUUUUGUUCUGAGAUUGUAUAGUGGUAGAAUAGUAUGACACACAACAAUCUACUCUUUCAUUUUAUGCUCAUACAUUUCUAAUGUAGUAGGCAGUUCUUUUUCGUUGCUACUCUUGUGAUUAUAUCAUGUUCUUCAUUCUCUUUCUGUGCUCCAUGUUUUGUAUAGAUUCAGAGCAUAUUUAGAGAGAUUAAUGUGCACUUGUCAAUGCAGCUCAAUAAGAGGUGCUUGUUAAGACACCACAUCACUUACCACCUUUGUGGUGAUACACUGAAAAAUGGCUGGAGGCUUUUACUUGACCAUGGGUAUGACCACUUAAGGUAUUAUUGCAAGUGUGUUUUGCUUUUAUGGAGAGAGAGAGAGAGAGAGAGAGAGAGAGAGUGUGUGAGUGUGUGUGUGUGUGUGUGUGUGUGUGUGUCUUAUUCAUCAAGGUCCUUCCCCCCACCUCCUCAUGAGAAACUCGAGAACUUUGGUACAAACAUAUGAUUGCUGAGGUCUCUUCAUGGAGCACCAGUAAACAGAAAGUCUAAACAUUUAUCCAAGUCAAACUAAAAGGAGGUGUAAACACUAUUGUUGCAUCAGUCAUCAGGAGAAUUUAGUGAGUCACUGUUUGAUGAAGUAACUUGUUAACAUUGUGAACUUUAUUUUGUAUUUGUGGGCUUGAUAAAUCCUGAUUGUUUUUAAUAUGGUAUUUGGUAAGUACUUUCAGAAUAAAAUGAAUGAAUAAACAGACUUGUUACUUCUAAACUCAGGAAGUUUGUAAAUAGGACCUUUGAUAAUCUUAUUUGUGUAGAAGACAGUGAGUGCUGAUUACACCACUACUGAGAAAUUUGGAGCCCCACCUCCAAGAAUCUUCAGCUUUUCAUUAUUGCUUCUCUUCUCUCUUUAUUUACAGCCCAGAAUACUCUGAACAGGUGUAUAUUGUUUGUAAUUCUUUCCACCUUAAAAACAAAAGAGGCCUUUCUGUUUUUGUUCAUGAGUAUCUAAUAUCCUUUAGGAGAAUUUUCCUCAUUUAUCUUCUAGGAAAUAAUAAAGAAUUCUUGAUAGAUUUUUGUACCUAGUUAGAGGGUAUUGAGUCCACAAAUAGAGAAAAAGCAUACAAGUGAUACAACUAAAACUAGGACAAAUGCCAGGUUAGAGCAGAUACUUUUUAAAAAUUUUGUUAAGAAAGCCUUAUUGUAGAAAUGUAAAAUAUAUAGAAAGAGUAUGAAGAAGGAAUGAAUUUGCUAUCAUCCUCAGACCUGGAGAUAGCUACUGGUACUUACAGUUUUUUUUAAUGUACUGUUGUCCCUCAGUAUCCAUGGGGCUUGGUUUCAGGACCCCCUGCAGAUAUUAAAAUUUGAGGAUGUUUGAGUCCCUUAUAUAAAAUGAUGUAGUAGUUUUGUGUUAUCUUUGCACAUCCUUUCAUAUACAGUCAUGGGUUGCAUAAUGACAUUUUGGUUAAUGGCAGACCACAUAAAUGACAUCAGAUUUUGGUACCUGUUUUUACUGUACAUUUUCUGUCUUUAAAUAUAUAAAUACUUAACCAUUGUGUUACGGUUGCCUACAGCAUUCAGUAGAGUAACAUGCUGAGCAGGUUCGUAACCUGGGAAUCAUAGGCUAUACCUUGUAGCCUAGGUGUAUAGUAGGCUGUACUAUCUAGGCUGUACUAUCUAUGUUUGUGUAGCUACACUAUGUGAUGUUUGCAUAAGGAUGAAAUUGCCUAAUGACACAUUUCUCAGAACGUACCCCAGUUGUUAAUGCAUGACUAUAUUUGGAAUCAUUUCUAGAUUACUUAUAAUACCUAAUACAGUGUAAAUAGAGCAUAAAUGAUUACUAUACUGAAAAUUUCUAUUUUUUUAAAGUUGUUGUAGUGUUUUUUUGUUUUUGGGUUUUGGGUUUUAUUUGAGACAGGGUCUUGCUGUCAACCAGGCUAGAAUGCAGUAGAACAAUCACAGCUUUGAUCUCUCAACUUAAGGGAUCAUUUCACUUCAGCCUCCUGAGUAGUUGCGUCCACAUCCAGCUUACGUUGUUUUUUUGUAGAGACAGGAUUUCAUCAUGUUGCCCAGGUUGGUCUUGAACUCCUGGGCUCAAGCAAUAGCCUGCCUCAGCCUCCCAAAGGGUUGGGAUUACAGAUGUAAUCACCAAUACCCCCAGGCUGAAUUAUUAUUUUUAAUGGGUUUUUGCCAAAGUAUUUUCAGUCUGCAGUUUUUGGAAUCUGCAGGUACAGAACCCAUGGACAUAGAGGGCUGACUGUAUAUCUUUUGAUUAAUUUAAAUCCUUUAAUUAAUUUAGAUGAUGCUGAAUGUUUAGUUAUAUAUUCUUGUGUUUGUAUUUCUCAUGCAGUUAAAUUUUCCCCAAAACAUUAUUUUCAAUAUUAAUAUCAUGCUGUAUGUUUGUAACAAAGUAUUCUCACACAGCUUCCAAUUUUUCUCCUGUUCCAAACAACUUUUAGGGAAAAAUCUGUACAUGACUGAUUACUUUCUUAGGAUUGAUUUAUAGAAAUUAAUUUCCUGGAUUAAAGGUAUGAAAAUUAUUUUAAGUUUGUACAUAAAUGUUGGUAACUUCUAAAUAGGCAUUUAAAAAUUGUCUUUAUCAUUCACUGUGUAUAAAAUUCAUGAGUAUUAAAAAAAAAUUCAUGAGUAUUAGGAAGAGAGCAGGCCCUCUGGUUGUCUGGGGCAGUUCUUCCUCCCUUGAUGGUGUGACACUAAUUCAGACAAAUUUGCCCAGAGUACCAGAAUUAGAAAGACUUUUUAUCAUACUUGAAAUAUUUUAUGGAGUAAUUGCUAAAGAAAGCUCUUUUGAUAAUUGUUUAAAGCAGCUCAGAUAUUAAUGUAUACCAGUGGUCUAAGACAGUGAUUACGACAGCAUUCCAGUUGGAAGGGAAUAACAACUACUCAGACAUUGUGAACAAAUUAAUGCUGACUGUUAUUGCCUUUUAGUUUGAUUUGGUAUGUGUUUAGUAACUGUGCUAUGUUCUGUAUGUGGCUUUUACAGCACUAGAAAAUUUAGUAUUUAAAAGCACAGAAGGGAUGUAAUGGUUGUCUUUAUAGACAAGGGAUAUAAAGGAAUCCAGGAAUUCACAGAUAGUUUUAAAUUAAGAAUUCAUUUUUUGUCAUUUAUAUAUGUUGCUCUCUUUUUGAAAAUACUAAUACACUGUUUUAAAACUUUAGAUUUGCAUAUACUUGAGUAACUGCAUAUACAAAGUAUAUAUCCCUUUGUGCAGAUAUGAAAAUUCUUGAUACAGCUGCACAGUGUAGAGGGAAAGCAGAAGCAUAGUAGUGCCUUUUAUUGUUCUUUCAAUUUCAGUGAUUCUAAUUAUAGAAGCUUACAUCACCUUCGUUGAUGAUGAUGGUUUCUCUCUCCUUCUUGGUUUUUCUUCCUCUAUUACUCCCUAAGGAUGGAUCCUCUUUCAUAGUGCAUGUGUGUCCAGCUGGUGGCUGUGACAGUUUUUCCACAAAAAUGGGAGUGAUCAGUUAGUGGAUGUAUAUGACAGUAUGCUGAAGCACACUGUUUCUUACAAAAGGAGAGAGGAGUGUUGGUACUCUUGCCUCCCUUCCUUCAUGAAGGCUGAGGAUUGGUAUGCAGUUUGAAAGCAGAAGUCCUGAGGGGCACCAGUAAUUAGAGUUAACUGUGUCUGAUAACUGCAAAGGUGCAUUUCAGAUGUUCAGGUUAAACGUGGGGGAUAGGGGUGGAAAAGAUUGUUAUGAUCCUUUGAAAGGGCUUGUAUGUGACCUAUGACCAUUGCAGUCAUUUAUUCAUGUAUUUUCCAAAAGACUUAGUGUUUUCACUGUGUAAAUCAGUACAAUUUAAGUUUAUAUUUCAAAAACCAAACACAACUAAAACACAGAAAUGAGUGCUCUUAUAUUUUGUAAAACUACAGAAUUUUUCUUUUGUUCUUUAACUUAUUUGGAGUUUGACUUCUCUAAAUUGUGAUUAUGAUAUUUCACUGCAGAUUGGGAAUAAAUUAUAUUAAUAAGUAUAAAUAAAAGGCCUGGGUUAGUAUAAAUCCAGGUUUUGUUAUUAGGUUUGUUCUUCAUAAAGCCUAGAAUGUAUAUUCUCUUAUGGCUUACCUCCAUCUGUGGUAACCUUUCCCUGCCCUUCUUUAUAGUGUUGUCACAUAUUGACACAAAAGGUAGGUUUAUGGUUAGUUUAGUAACUCUCAGAACCUUAUCUUUGGCUUUCUAAAGAAUAUGAUUUCAAGUAUUUUGGUUUGUAUUUUUGUUUAAAUAAUAUACACAGUUAACAAAUUUUAAUAACGAUGUGACAUUUACCCUUUUAUAAAAGUAUUUUGUAAUGAUUUGAAGCUUUGCAGAGUCAACAUACAUUGCUCUAUUUUGUAGUAGUCCAAAAGGCCUUUCUAAAGCUAAAGAUUUCAUUAAUAUGGGUUAGCAUCAUGGCAUUUUAUAUGCAGGGGAGAUGUGUUUGUGAGUGGCUGUCCUGUAGUUAUUCUUAGACAAUAUGUGGAUGAGGACAUUCUUUUUUGCUGCACUUAAUUCAUUUGAAUUGAUAAGAUAAUGAAAUGAGAUUGUGAUAAAAUUCUAAAAGUGAUCCAAGUGACAAAUACGUUAUUCAACUAGUCAUUUAUUUUAGUUACUUGAUAAAUUACUAUUCUCUUCAAAGGAUGUUUAUUUCUUCGUUCAGUAAUUAAAAGGUAAAGUCAUUAUUUCAUCAGAAUGCUGGUGGAUUCCCACAUUGACUCUGGAAUUUGGCCUGUUUCUUUUCUUGGUAUUGUUACACAGGGAUAUUUUGCAUGAUAGGUUUACUAUACAGUUCCCUGGAAUCGAAGAUACUAUGAGACGAUUGGUAGAACAAGGAAAAGGAUGAUGUCAUCUUCAUUUACAAGCCAAACUAAAGGAAAAGAGAGUUUUGUUCCUUUACUGAGUUGGUGUUUACUACAGUAGGUCUAACAUAUGGCACUAGUGGAUUGCAUUUAAAAAACUGGGCAGCAGUUUUUUAAAGCAGCUAAGAAGAGAUGGCUGUCUCCCUUGCUCAGCUUGAGGUCCUCCUUUGUGUGUUUAUUAGCAUGAUUUAUAAAAAGGGGGGAAAGGUGUGCAUUAAACUUUUGCUUUUUGAUUUGGCUAUAAUAUAUUCUGUUGGUACUAUACAUGAAUAUAAUUACUGUCUGUUGUUUAAAUUCUUAGUAUUCUUGAAUAUUGCUACUAAUAUGUGUAAAAUAUUCAUCUUUUAGAAAUUUAUCUUUAGUGAAAGUUGUCCUCAUGUACAUACAAAGCACCUGCUAUCAUUUUUCUAUUUUAAAGAAUGAUUAAGAUUAGAUUUUAAUCAAUGUGCACUUGAUACUUAAUAUUCCAAGAUGUACAUGUGUGUAUAUACCAAGAUGUAAUGGUGUACAUGUGAUUUAUUUCCAAGAAUAUUAAGUAUCAAGUGGAAUUCCAACUCAUGUAUGAUUGAUUUAAAAUAAACUGAAAAAAGAAAAUGGUGCUUGAAAAUCAACCUGUAUAAAUAUUCCAUGUUUUAUGUUUAGAAAACUAGUCAUGCUUGUUUGCAUUUGUGAGAUUUAAUUUUAUAUUUAAAUGCAGGUAUUCUGUAUUUUGGUAUUGUGUCUUUUGGAAUUUGGAAUUUUGGCAGAAAAACUUAAUUUUUAAAAGCUUUAUACAAAUCUAAAUUACAUAUUUUGAAAGCAUAACUUGUCUUUGUUCACUUAGUUUAACUUAAAUUCUAGAUUUAUAAGUAGUAGCAUAAUUCAGAUUGGCAGCAUAACGUUGUUCAGAAAGUUACUCACACUUUGCUGAAAGAUACUGAAAGAGCUUAUUCUUUUGUGCCUAACAACAAGAUGUUUCUUCUGCAAUCAGGGAAGUCCUUUGUUAAAAUACCGGUCUCCCAGGUAACAACUCCUCUUAUGUUGCACAGCCCGUUUUCCCCAAAAUAAAAGUGUUAGGUGAAUAAAGCAAAAUAAUUCUAUUGCUUUGAUUUGUUCACUGAUUGUUAUUCUCAUAAUGUUACUGCCUGGAGGUGCAGCUAACUAUAUUUUACUAUUGGGAACUGUGUCUUACUUUGGCCUUUAGAAGCCACCAUUGCAGGCUUAGUUGGAGUAUCUUCUGCCUUGUGGCAGAAGCAUGAAGGACAAGGAUCGGUACUAGUACUAUUGUGUUUUCAGUUGGAAAAGGGUGUGGCAAAAUUAAAACCUUUUUCUAUAAUUUCUAUAAAAAAAGGGGGGGCGGCAAUUUUUUUUUAGUCCACGCUCACUUUAAUCAUUUUCUUUGAUUUCUUCUGAGUGAGUUUUGCUGGCUUCUUGUCUUUCUAGGAAUUGAGCAUUGGGCUGCAGGAAAGUACCAUGUUGUGUAGGUGAUUCUUUCUCAAAGGAGUUGGUACGUGCUGCAACUAUUGGUGUAUGUGUGAUUUUUUUCCAGCUUUCCUUUGCAAAAUGAAAUUUAUUUCCAUUUAAAUUUACUAUCUACAUACAAAUCUUAGUAUUAGUUUGUAUAUUUUUAAUGUUAGAGUUCAGAACAGUUAUUUGAUAAAUAGAAAAUUUUGCAAGUAGAAACCUCUUGUUAACAAAUACAUGUGACAUUUGAGAACCUAAGCUGCCUUAUCUGUUUGGAAUGCAAUGGUAUCUUAUCAGAGCCUAUUAUUUUACCUUAGGACAAUGCUGUAUUAUAUUUGAAUAAUAAUAGGUAAUAUAGUUUCCCAAAUAUAGCUGUGUAUCAUUGAACAGAAUUAAAAAUCAAAAUGGAUUUUUAAAACUGUCGAGUAGAAAGGGUGCUUUAACCAAUUUUUUUCUUAAAGAAUUUAGCUUGCUGAUGUGUCUCAUAGAAGGGAGGAUGGGGUGUGUGUGUGUGUGUGUGUGUGUGUGUGUGUGUGUUUUCAAUAAAUUGCUCUUUGGGCUACAUCUGCAGAUACAGUAGCCAAUUGAUCUAAUGCAGUUUCUGGAGGCUUUCUGUACAGGUGAUGUCAUCCUUUUAGCUCUAUUCUCCUCCCACUCUCCUUCCUUCUUAUUAGAUAUUUCAUCUUACUGCAGAGCAUAGAAUCAAUAGGAGCUUCUCCUUAGGGAACUGCUGUGAAACAGGCAAGGACAGUAGGAAUUAAGACACUAACAUUCAGUCUUGCUUUAGCAGAAUAUAUAGUGGUUUUGUAUCAUAUUAUAUAAAAAAAUGUUUAACCAGAAAAGCCAGACUUACAUCAACAGUGCUGUUUUACUGAUGCAUUAGAACAAGAAGCAGUGCUGCAGAGCUGUAAACAGUGUAUGUGAAUAGAGAAAAUAGUUGGAAUUUUGGAGAUUCUUAGGCAUUCUCCAGAACAAACCUGUUAACAGCAUAUAUUGUCUAGCUGCCGCUUGCUCUAACUGCCAUCUGCUCAAGGGUUUUUUUUUUUUUUUUUUUUAAACCUCUGGUGGUUAAGAAUAUAAAGAAGAAAACUUUAAUCUUCAGGAUACAAUGUUUAUUUUUGAUGCAGAAGAAUCACUGCUGCAGUGCUUGUUCUACAAAAUGAAAUAGGUUGAAGAAAAGACAAAGCUAUAUUACAGAGAGGAAAGAUUUCACAGAAUCCAAGAACACAGAUUUGGUGCAUGUUGCCUGAUUUGCUUUGAUUGAUACUGUAUUAACUAUUGUGCUGCCACUCUGCAUGUCUGUGCCAGGUGCUUGAGGCCGUAUGUAUAUGUCUGUAUAUACUGAGCCCAGAUAUGUAAACAUCUUCAUUUACUGUGAUUUUCUUGUUAAAGUGAACGUUUUGAUUUAGAACAAUACUUUACUGAAAGCUCCUGAUUUUAGUUUUUAAAGGGGUUUGGAGAGGCUGCCUUUAUAUAAACACUGUAGUGGUACGUGAUUUCUAAAAAGAAACUUAGCAGAAUUUUGUCACCGUACUCAUCACUUUGGCUCUGGUUUGAAAAGGAAACUACCCUUUCCAGCCUAGGAAAUGGCUUUUCUUGUUCGCUGUUAUGCCAAUUGUCUUCAGCCAUGGGCCUCCAAACUUCCAGCUGAUCUUACCAAGAUGCAUCUCACAGACAACCCUCAUCCACAGGUGACCCAUGUGUCUUCUAGUCAGUCUGGUUGUAGCAUUGCCAGUGACUCUGGAAGCAGCAGUUUAUCUGAUAUCUAUCAGGCUACAGAGAGUGAGGUGGGAGAUGUAGAUUUGACACGUCUUCCAGAAGGACCUGUUGAUUCUGAGGAUGACGAAGAGGAAGAUGAAGAGAUUGACAGAACAGAUCCAUUGCAGGGACGAGAUCUUGUUCGAGAAUGUCUUGAAAAAGAGCCUGCAGACAAAACUGAUGAUGACAUUGAACAAUUACUGGAGUUUAUGCACCAGCUCCCUGCUUUUGCAAACAUGACCAUGUCUGUAAGGAGAGAACUCUGCUCGGUGAUGAUUUUUGAAGUGGUAGAGCAGGCUGGAGCUGUUAUUCUUGAAGAUGGGCAAGAGCUUGACUCAUGGUAUGUUAUUUUAAACGGCACUGUAGAAAUCAGUCAUCCAGAUGGAAAAGUUGAAAAUUUGUUUAUGGGAAAUAGUUUUGGAAUUACCCCCACUCUGGAUAAGCAGUACAUGCAUGGAAUUGUCAGGACUAAAGUAGAUGAUUGUCAGUUUGUCUGCAUAGCCCAGCAAGAUUAUUGGAGAAUUUUAAAUCAUGUGGAAAAAAAUACCCAUAAAGUUGAGGAAGAGGGAGAAAUUGUUAUGGUACAUGAGCAUCGUGAACUAGACCGGAGUGGAACCCGGAAAGGACACAUUGUAAUCAAGGCAACACCUGAGCGUCUCAUAAUGCAUUUAAUAGAAGAACAUUCUAUUGUGGAUCCAACUUAUAUAGAAGAUUUUCUAUUAACUUAUAGGACAUUUCUUGAAAGUCCUUUGGAUGUUGGAAUCAAACUUUUGGAAUGGUUUAAGAUCGACAGCUUAAGAGAUAAGGUGACGCGGAUUGUAUUAUUAUGGGUAAAUAAUCAUUUUAAUGAUUUUGAAGGUGACCCUGCUAUGACUCGAUUUCUAGAAGAAUUUGAAAAAAAUCUGGAAGAUACGAAGAUGAAUGGUCAUCUCCGGUUAUUGAAUAUUGCCUGUGCUGCAAAGGCUAAGUGGAGACAGGUUGUGCUGCAAAAGGCUUCCCGUGAGUCCCCUCUACAAUUCAGCCUUAAUGGAGGAAGUGAGAAGGGAUUUGGUAUUUUCAUUGAAGGAGUAGAACCUGGGAGCAAAGCCGCUGAUUCAGGACUGAAACGUGGUGAUCAGAUUAUGGAAGUGAAUGGACAAAACUUUGAGAAUAUUACAUUUAUGAAAGCCCUUGAAAUUUUGAGGAAUAAUACUCAUCUUGCACUUACUGUAAAGACCAACAUUUUUGUGUUCAAAGAGUUACUUUGUAGGACUGAACAAGAGAAAUCUGGUGUGCCUCAUAUUCCAAAAAUUGCUGAAAAAAAAAGUAAUCGCCAUUCUAUCCAGCAUCUUCCAGGAGAUAUUGAACAGGCAUCACAAGAGAAAGGAAGUAAGAAAGUUAAAGCAAAUACUGUUUCAGGUGGAAGAAACAAAAUCAGGAAGAUAUUGGAUAAAACACGAUUUAGUAUCUUGCCUCCAAAACUAUUUAGUGAUGGAGGCCUAAGCCAAUCACAAGAUGACAGCAUUGUGGGAACAAGGCACUGUAGGCAUAGUCUGGCUAUAAUGCCCAUUCCUGGAACACUUUCAUCCAGCAGCCCUGAUCUCCUGCAGCCUACCACCAGUAUGUUGGAUUUUUCCAAUCCUUCAGCUGUUGGUUUUUAUUAUAUUCCUGAUCAAGUUAUAAGAGUUUUCAAAGCGGAUCAGCAAAGUUGCUACAUUAUUAUCAGUAAAGACACUACAGCUAAAGAAGUGGUUUGUCAUGCUGUUCAUGAAUUUGGUUUGACCGGUGCAUCCGACACAUAUUCUCUCUGUGAAGUUUCUGUUACUCCUGAGGGUGUCAUAAAACAGAGAAGACUUCCAGAUCAGUUCUCCAAAUUAGCUGAUAGAAUUCAACUCAGUGGAAGGUAUUAUUUAAAAAAUAAUAUGGAAACAGAAACCUUAUGUUCAGAUGAAGAUGCUCAAGAACUAGUUAAGGAAGCCCAGCUAUCCAUGCUGCAGCUCAGUACCAUUGAGGUGGCCACCCAGCUGUCAAUGAGGGAUUUUGAUUUGUUUCGUAAUAUUGAGCCAACUGAGUACAUCGAUGACCUUUUUAAGUUAAAUUCCAAAACAGGAAAUAGUCACUUGAAGAGGUUUGAGGACAUUGUAAACCAAGAGACAUUCUGGGUUGCCUCAGAAAUUUUAACUGAAGCAAAUCAACUCAAACGAAUGAAGAUUAUUAAGCAUUUUAUUAAAAUUGCACUUCAUUGUCGAGAAUGUAAGAACUUCAAUUCCAUGUUUGCAAUAAUAAGUGGCUUGAACCUGGCAUCUGUAGCACGACUCAGAGGUACUUGGGAAAAGUUACCAAGCAAAUAUGAGAAACAUCUUCAAGAUCUACAAGACAUUUUUGAUCCAUCUAGAAACAUGGCAAAGUAUAGAAAUAUUCUUAGUAGUCAAAGUAUGCAGCCUCCAAUUAUUCCACUCUUCCCUGUUGUCAAGAAAGAUAUGACAUUUCUACAUGAGGGAAAUGACUCCAAAGUAGAUGGUUUAGUAAACUUUGAGAAGUUAAGAAUGAUUUCCAAGGAAAUCCGCCAAGUUGUUCGAAUGACUUCUGCUAACAUGGACCCAGCCAUGAUGUUUCGACAGAGGAAGAAGAGGUGGCGGAGUCUGGGAUCACUGAGUCAAGGAAGCACAAAUUCGAACAUGCUGGAUGUUCAGGGAGGUGCUCACAAAAAAAGGGCACGCCGCAGCUCUCUCCUUAAUGCCAAGAAGCUGUAUGAGGAUGCGCAAAUGGCAAGGAAGGUGAGGCAGUAUCUUUCUAGUCUGGAUGUGGAGACAGAUGAGGAGAGGUUCCAGAUGAUGUCAUUACAGUGGGAGCCUGCAUAUGGUACCUUGACCAAGAAUUUAAGUGAGAAAAAAUCAGCCAAAUCAUCUGAAAUGUCUCCAGUGCCUAUGAGAUCAGCUGGCCAAACAAGUAAAGUCCACUUGCAUCAACCCCACAGAGUAAGCCAGGUGCUUCAGGUGCCAGCUGUUAAUUUGUACCCCAUCAGGAAGAAGGGACAAACAAAAGACCCUGCAUUGAAUACAAGUUUACCUCAGAAAGUUUUAGGAACAACUGAAGAAAUAAGUGGUAAGAAGCAUACAGAAGACACUAUUUCUGUGGCAUCAUCUUUACAUUCUAGUCCUCCUGCAUCUCCUCAAGGUUCCCCUCACAAAGGUUACACACUUACUCCAUCAGCUAAAUCUGACAACUUGUCUGACUCCAGCCAUAGUGAGAUUUCUUCACGGUCCAGCAUCGUAAGCAAUUGUUCUGUUGACUCUAUGCCUGCAGCUCUACAGGAUGAACGGUGUUCCACUCAGGCCCUGGUAAUCCCUGAAUCCACUGGGGCAUUGGAAAAGACAGAGCACCCUUCAGGGAUAGGAGAUCAUAGUCAGCAUGGCCCUGGGUAUACACUCUUGAAGCCAUCUCUAAUCAAGUGUUCAGCUGUCUCAUCGUCUGUGAGCAGUGAAGAGAUUUCUCAUGAGCAUAUCAUCAUAGAAGCAGCUGACAGUGGUCGUGGAAGUUGGACUUCGUGUUCAAGCAGCUCCCAUGACAACUUCCAAAGCCUUCCAAACCCAAAAAGCUGGGAUUUUUUGAACUCUUACAGACAUACCCAUUUGGAUGACCCCAUUGCUGAAGUUGAACCCACUGACUGUGAGCCCUAUUCCUGUCCUAAAAGCUGCUCUAGAACUUGUGGGCAGUGUAAAGGAAGCCUAGAGACAAAUCAGUUGAGAAAGAGUUGGGCCUCCUCCAGUUCUCUGUCUGACACGUAUGAACCAAACUAUGGGACAGUUAAACGGAGAGUAUUGGAGAGCACCCCAACCGAGUCAUCUGAAGGCUUAGACCCCAAGGAUGCCACUGACACAGUUUACAAAACUGUCACAUCAAGUACAGAAAAGGGCUUGAUUGUGUACUGUGUCACCUCACCCAAGAAGGAUGAUAGGUAUAGGGAGCCACCUCCCACUCCUCCAGGAUAUUUGGGGAUUUCUUUAGCCGACCUAAAGGAAGGACCCCACCCACACCUAAAACCUCCAGAUUAUAGUGUGGCAGUGCAGAGGUCAAAGAUGAUGCAUAACAGCCUCUCUAGACUGCCGCCAGCCUCUCUCGGUUGCAACCUUGUGGCCUGUGUUCCAUCGAAGAUUGUAACUCAGCCUCAGAGGCAUAAUUUGCAGCCAUCCCAUCCUAAGAUAGCAGAUGUCACUGAUGCAGAUAGCGAAGCAGAUGAAAAUGAACAAGUUUCAGCAGUCUAGCCUUUGGAUGACCUACUUGAAAACAACUGAAAGUCACUGAGGAGUGGGCAGAACCACUUCAUGAUUCUGCAGGCCAUUGCUAACAAACAGCUCACUGCUACAACCAGUCCAAUGGUUUUAUUCCCACUAUGCCAAGUAAUGAAAUAGACCUGAGUUAUGCUUCCUUUCAUUUAAUUUCUGCAGAUGAAUAGUUUCCUGAGCUAUGGAUGCUGUGCCUGGAUACCAGUCUCCAAUUUGCACGCCAGAACUGCCUUGGGACCACAGUUACAGAAAAAAUUUAAACUCAGAGUGAUCCUUGUGUAUAUUGCUAUAGACUUUUCUUUAACAAGUUAUUUUAAAGAUAGUGGCAUUAUUAUUUCCAAGCCAUAGCUUGGGCAGAAGGACAAAUUGAAAGUGUCUGCCAAUACCAAGGAUAUUCUUGUAUAUUUGAAAAAUAACUUAUUAAUUGAAUUGUUGUGGUUUUGUUUUUAUUCGAGAAUUCUUGUUAGCUGAAGUUCAUGUGUGAGGUCAUAAAACUGUCUCUGGUCUGACCAAACAGAAGUCAUCUUUACAGAGGUGAUAUGCUUGAUCUACGUAGAGACGUGACUUGAUCUGUAGAACCAAUGCAAUGUAUGUCUCAGUAUGAGAGAAAUAGGAAGCCCUUUGCAGUUGAGGUGUUAGGAACCUGCUGGUCAUGGUGUGAAAGGCCAAAUGAAGCUGCCACGGGGUUUCUUGUCAGUCCUUUGGGAAAGGGGAGGGAGUAGUUUGGGGAGGAGGGUGGGAACCCUAAUUUCCAAAGAAUGAAAUUUCAAUGUUAAAUUACAUGUAUACAAAUUCUUUCCUGAGUGAAAGUUAUGCUGCAUCAAAUUGUAACUAAAAGUAUAGAUCCAACAAAUAGAGAAUGGGUUCUAGAGGGUUCUAGUCUAUAGAAACCCAAAACUAAAAUCUCUCCUAACACAAGUAUGGAAUACUUUUUUAAAAGACGUUUUUAUCACAGGUGUUGUAAUCAUGAAGGUAAAUUUGACUUUAUGCAGCGUUCUGCAGCAUGCCACCCAAAUUUCAGAGCACCAGAUUGUGUCUGACCUGACAUACCCUGCAGCUCACAGCUGCCUGCAGUACAAUUUUGUGGGAGAAAGAGGAGCUGGAGUUAGAGAAAUGAUUGUCUCUUGGUUCCCAGUUUUUAGCCCUUGAGAGGACAUACUUUUCCAGCCUCAUGGGCGUGGCACUCUUAAUUAAAAUUUCAGUGACUGUUUACUGAAUGAGGUAGAUUUUUCACAUUUUUGCAAAUUAAAUAUAAUGUUUUCUACAUAUCGUUUAAUUUUUUCACUUUUGUUAGUGUAAAGGCAAGUGGAAUUUUAAUAAACUUCUGUAACUACCAAAAGAAAAAAAAAGCCAAAGCCAUUAACAUGCACUACCCAGAUCAACUUGGAGCCAAAAUGGGUUUACUUUGAAUGGCUGUCCAUGUGUCCACGUAAGAUUUAGUUGGUGACCUCCUUUGUAGAAAUUUGUUGUUUUUCCCUGGCUGUCUUCGCUCUAUCUUCCUGCCUGUCCCCCUUCAUUUUGAAAUCGCAAAUCAGUUUUAAGUGGUAAAUGGUGGUAGUUCAUUUUUCCCAUCAAAAUGAUUGUCUCUUUAUUUUAGGAAUAAUAGCAUGUCUGAAAAAUUCCUGUGGAAAAGAAACAUUAAUCUGAAACUUAAGCCUUAGAAAUUAAUCCCAGGUAUGCUAGAAUGAGGCCUGGUGGUUCCAUAGCUUUCUAGAUACUUUGAAAUGGGAAGUAACUUAAGCCAAAAAUACUAGUUUGAAAGUCACACUUAAGUGAUUUGGCCUAUAAACAGUGGUCAUCUGAUCAUAAAUGUUUUCCUUCACUGAUAUACAUAAUGUUAUUUUCAUGGCCACAGAAAAACAAAGUGAAAUAUAUUUUUACUAAGCCCACUUUUUUUUAAUGAAGUUCAGAUGUCUACUCACCAUUUUAUAUUCAUUUCUCCAGAAAAAUAUGCUGCUUUCAUAAUGUGUUUAUUUAGCAGGUCUUUCAAAACAAAUGGAAGCCUUACCUGUCUUUGUCCUAAAUAGUGUAAAUAUCUUGCACAGAGAAUUGAGGCCUAUGGUUUUGGAUGUGCACCUUGCAGCUGCCUUCGUUUUAUCUAUCUAACUUUAACUGUGAGUGUUCAGAUCAGCUGAUCACAUUGAUCAGGAGCCAAAGCCAGAUGCUUUGUAGUUUGUUAUGUAUGUAUUCCUUAAAAAAUCAUGAGGUUUUGAUUUUUAUAUUUUAACUAAGGGUACAUUCCUGCCUUCUCUUACUUUGUCAUAUGACUAGAACAAGAGAAGCCUUAACCUGCAUUUACUCCAAUUCCAGAUCUCCAUUUGUUUUUGUUUUAUAAAUUUAUAAUUUUAAUGAAGAGAUUAGUGCCCUCUAUUCCCACUACAACUCUAAAUCUGCCAAGACUAUUGAAGCAGUUAACGCUCAGUGCAAACUUUUGCCAAAUAGUAGGUUUCAACAAAAUCUCUUUAUGGUGAAAGAUUUUGAGAAUUAGUAAAUCCAGUACCUGAUUCCAUAAACUUUUAUUAUAGUAAAUAAUUCUCAUUUACUCCAAAUGAUUACUUUCAAUAUAAUCUUUGGGGAGAAAAAGCCUUUAGUGAAUUUUCUUGAGGGUGAUAAGUCACAUCAUUGCCAUUCAUAUCACCUCCUUGAGAAUCUCUCCCAGGCUGAUAAUGUGAUGGUAAUCAUGGGUGUUUCUAAGAACAAAUCUAAUUUUUAUAAAGUGUUCUUUCCUCUUCAAAAAAGGGAGGAGGAGAAAAAACCUUUCUUAAAACAAUGAUUAUUUUGAUAAAAUUUUAAGUUUCUAAAAACAUGUAUGUAUUCCUUCAGCAUUACCUUAAAGGCCAGAAAAACAGGAUAAAUCUUCAGAAAAGUAUCACAGUACAUUUUCAAAUUUCAACUUGAAUCCUGGUUCAUCUUUCACUUUUGUUUAUUUUUAAGGCUUCUUUAUUUUUUAUACACAGAAUGCAGUUGAACUUGAUCUUUUAAAAUUGACACAUAUAAGCUAAUCAGCAAAAAACAAAAACAAAACUGCACAGUUGUAAUCAGCAAUUAUACUGCACAAUUCAUUGAUUGUAAGGUAUGCUAUAACAAGCAAUGUUUGUCUUCUAUUUUUUGAUACCUCUUACACUUAUGUCUUUUAGAAAGACAGUGCCUCUGUAUGCUUUUUGUAUUUUUACUGAGUGUAAAUAUUUGUUAUAUUUUUGGUUAAGAGAAUGUAAAAGUACCAUUUAUUAUUAUCAUAUCUACUAAUACAUUGAUGGAAUCAAUAAAGAAUCUACAUUAA